UGGGUGUGUGUGUAUGUGUGUGUACUUGAGUGAUAGACCGAGAGUGAGAGAGUGUGUUCCAGAGUCAAGAGCAAACAGCAGAGCUCCCCCAUCAAGAUGAACCACCUCCUGAGAGUGUCCUCGUUCAGGUCCUUCUGUUCCUCCAGCAGACAGCUGAGGAACAAAGUCCCCGAUGCACAGAAGAUCUUUCAGGCGGAUAACGGACUUCCAGUCCACAUCAAAGGAGGCACCGUCGAUGUGCUGAUGUACAGAGCGACCAUGACGCUCACCAUGGCUGGAACCUGCUACUCUCUUUACUGGCUGUUGCAUGCCUCCUUUCCUCAAAAGAAAGUCUAGGCUGUGUUUGUGCGAUGGAUUUAAUAGAUAUAUAACAAUAAAACUCUAGACACUCUGGGUCCUGUUCUUCUUGAGUGC